AUGGCUGAGAGGAGCAAGGUUUUGAUCAUUGGAGGCACAGGCUACAUUGGCAAGUUCAUUGUUGAAGCCAGCGCAAAGGCUGGCCAUCCAACCUUUGCUCUUGUCAGAGAGGCCACGGCCAACGACCCCGCCAAGUCCACCCUCAUUCGCAAUUUCAACAACUUGGGUGUCACUCUGCUCUACGGGGAUCUUUAUGACCAUGAGAGCUUGGUGAAGGCGAUCAAACAGGUGGACGUGGUGAUAUCAACUGUAGGUCACUUGGUACUUGCUGACCAGACCAAGAUCAUAGCUGCCAUUAAAGAAGCUGGAAACGUCAAGAGAUUUUUUCCGUCGGAGUUUGGAAACGAUGUGGAUCGUGUGCAUGCAGUGGAGCCAGCUAAGUCUGCAUUUGCAAUCAAAGUCCAAAUCCGGCGCGCCAUAGAGGCGGAGGGCAUCCCCUACACUUACGUGUCCAGCAACUGCUUUGCUGGCUAUUUUCUGCCCACUUUGGCACAGCCCGGCGUCAGUUCUCCACCCAGAGACAAAGUCAUUAUCUUAGGGGAUGGAAAUCCAAAGGCUGUCUUCAACAAGGAAGAGGACAUUGGAACUUAUACCAUCAGGGCCGUUGAUGACCCAAGAACAUUGAACAAGAUUGUCUACAUCAAGCCACCUGGAAACAUUUACUCAUUCAAUGAGCUUGUUGCGUUGUGGGAGAAGAAGAUUGGCAAAGUCCUUGAAAAGGUCUAUGUUCCAGAGGACAAGCUUCUCCAGGACAUUCAAGAGGCCCCAAUUCCAAUCAAUGUGAUAUUAGCAAUCAACCACUCAGUGUUCGUGAAGGGAGAUCAUACCAACUUCGAGAUCGAGCCAUCGUUCGGAGUGGAGGCUUCUGAGCUGUACCCUGAUGUCAAGUACACCCCUGUGGAAGACUACCUCGACCAAUUUGUUUAG